AUGGCUGGAAAAUUACGAUUUCUUGACAAUCGCGAAGAUGAGCAAACUCGGGGAAUCACAAUGAAAGCAAGUGGAAUCUCACUAAUUUACGGUCCGAUGCUGGUGAAUCUAAUGGAUAGUCCUGCAGGUCACGUCGAUUUUGCGUCGGAAGUGACAUCAGCCUUGUUAUUAUCAGAUAUAGCUUUGCUCUUAGUUGAUGUGGUUGAAGGUGUAUGCUCACAAACAGAAGUCUUACUACGGCAAGCGAUUACCCAUGGUCAAACUGUUAUCCUUGUUAUCAAUAAGAUGGAUAGAUUACGAGUAGAAUUGAAAAUGGACGCGGUCGAAGCUUAUACUCACAUUGUUCGUUUACUGGAAGCUGUAAAUAGCUGCGUUAGUCAGGUUAGUGAGCAUAACAUAACAGUAAGUUCCUCAAUAUCUUUAUUUUACUUUUUGUCGCUGAAGUCCCCUCUGUGA